CUCAACUUACACAAGAGAAAAAGGAAAGAAAUUGAAACUCACAGAAGAGAGAAGAAAGAAAAACCAAGAGAUAACACCAAGAACACAACUAUGUCGGGAAACACCAAGAACUCUCACAAGAGGGAUGUGAAAGAUGUUAGGAAAGACACUUAUUCCACUAAUGUCAACAGCCCCCACCUCUGGCCAAGACAAGGUCUUGUUGAUAAACCAAAACCAACUUGUGGAAACAAAAGAGAGUGGAAUUCUGUUGGAGGAUUAGCUGCACCAUGGGGAGGAGCACCUCCACCUCCACCUCCACCAGAAGAAGGAGAUGAGGAAGAUGAGGCACCAAAAGCACCACCACCACCACCUGAGGCAGCAGCAGAAGAAGAAAAAGAGGAAGAAGAAGCUGAAGAAGAAGAGGAGGAGGAGGAAGAAGAGAAGAAUUAA